GAGGUGGUAAGUGUUAGAUUUGAUACUAAAGGGGUAAAAUUGAUAAGCUGAUAAAUGGGAAGGACAAGCAGUGGUGGACAAAUCUCAAAACAUUGGUAGUUGAAUGUAAAAGGAUAAAAUAUUAGGGAGCUCAACGUAAAUUAACCAAUAUAUAUGCUUCAGAAGUGCGCAAAUAAUAAAAAAAAAAAACCUUAAUUGACCGAAGUUCAGUCUGUUGCUCUCAAUUCCCACGGCAAAAAAAGCAAAUCGCCGGCCACCGGAGUCGAAUAUUCGAAGCAUUAUUCGCUAACAAAAAAAUGUCAUGGUUGGCCCGAUCCAUCGCGAACUCUCUCAAGUUCGACGACGACGAUGACGUCAGCGCCGGCCAGAAGCCCGAGAUUAAACAUCCCGAAAACCCUGAUUCCGGUGACGACGAAGCUACAUCCCCGACGUCUCCGUCGCGCGGUGUCAAGGAAGAUCUGUCGGAGCUAAGCAAAACCCUAACCCGCCAAUUCUGGGGCGUCGCUUCGUUCCUAGCCCCUCCACCCCAACCCGAUCAGAAAUCCGGCCCCGAAUUGGCGGAAUCCGAUCAGGAUCCCGCAUCGGGGAUCCGAGGUGACUUUGCGGAGAUUGGUGGGAAGUUCAGGAGCGGGAUUUCUCGGCUAUCGAAUAACAUCAACGUUUCUGAAAUUACCAAAUUGGCCUCCAAUUUCCUGCAAUUGGAGUCGGAUGAUGAGAAUGAAGAGGCAGCUAAGGAGAAGGGAUUCGAUUCAUCGGGGAAUGGAGCAGUGGGCGUGACUGAGGAAGUGUUGGCUUUCGUUCGUGAUGUUGCGAUGCAUCCAGAGACCUGGUUGGAUUUUCCAUUACCGGAAAAUGAUGAAGAAAUCGAUUUUGAUAUGUCGGAUGCCCAACAAGAACAUGCCUUAGCAGUUGAACGAUUUGCGCCAGAAUUAUCCGCGUUAAGGAUUGAGCUUUGCCCUGAAUACAUGAGUGAAAGCAACUUCUGGAAGAUUUAUUUUGUACUCCUUCACCCGAGACUCGAUAAAGAGGAUGCUGUGCUUCUGUCAACACCACAGAUAAUGGAAGCUAGGGCUUUGCUGGCAUAUGAAUUAAAGAAUCGAAAUACACCCAAAACAGAAGACUUUUCUGGGAAAAAAUCUUCCGAUCCAGAAGAAAAUACUACCUCUCAUAACGAAGAACCCCUUUCUGUGCCAUCCCCCGUUCUUUCCAAAAGGGAGGAUACCACAGCAUCAACAGAACAACCUAAUACCGAAAUAGCAAAGCAAUCGGUUGAGACAAGUGAAAUCCAAAUUACUGACAAAUCUGUCGUUGAAGAGAAGGGUGAUGUUGACCAAGUCAAAGAUCAGCCUCGUUUCUUGAAUGUCUCUGGUGAGAAAGACGAAGAAGACGAUGCAGAUGAUUGGUUAAAGGAAGAAACUUCGGAAAUUGAUGGUGCUGCUGGAAGCGGAAACUCCAUUCCCAUCGAGAACGAUGACGACGUGUCGUUUAGUGAUCUUGAAGAAGAUGACAAUGAUGAUGUCAGAACGAGUUUCAGAAAAUCGAACUACAGUUCUGAUAAAGAUUCUCGGGAUUGGGUUCGACUGGGGAAGGGAUCGUCUGGUGACUUGUCCUCCAAGGAAGUUGACGGUGACGACAUCGUUGUCUCGUGAUUCGUUAUUUAUACCUCGUAAUAUGGCCCUUUUUUUAAUUAUUAUUGUUGUGAUGUGAAUAGAUUAAUUUGCAUGUAUUGUGUUCCGUAAGCUUUGUAUAUAUUGCACUCGGAAAUAAACCUUUUGGUUGUGUUUUCAUACGAAUAUAUUUUUAUUAAACCGUGCAGUAAAAUUUGGACGUCCCGUG